AUGCAUCUCCUGCCCUCGUUCGUCAGCCUCGCUUCGGUGGCCAGCUUGGCGGUCGCCUACCCGUCCUCCCUCUACCCGCGCUCGCUCGCCUCGUUCCAGCCCGAGGAAUCCAUCGCCUCGCAGUGGAAGAUCCACGAAUCCUGCAACGGAACCCAACGCGCCCAGAUCUCGCGCGGCAUCGAGGACAUGCACAAGCUCGCGACCAACUCGCUCAACCACAUCCUCAACUACCCCAAGGACGAGUACUUUGCCAAGUACUUUGGUGCCAAUGCUGAUCCUGCUCCUGUCAUCGGAUACUAUGCUCAGCUCGUCUAUGGUAACAAAGGCGAUUCUCUUUUGCGUUGCGAUGACCCGGACGACAACUGCCGCUUGCCCGAGUGGAACGGUCACUGGCGCGGUAACAAUGCUACCAGCGAAACCGUCAUCUGCGAGCUCUCCUACACCUCCCGCCUUCCUCUCGAAAAACUCUGCUCCGGUGGCUUCCAACUUUCCGUCAACAACCCUUCCACAUACUUUGGUGCUGACCUCAUGCAUCGUGCUUUCCACGUUCCAGAGUUCUCCCAUGAGAAGAUCCACCACUAUGCAGACUCCUAUGUGGAUGUAUUGGAAUUGGCAAAGAGUGAAGAUGGAAAUGGGACGAGGGCGGUAGAGAACCAGCAUAGUUUGCAGUACUUUAGCUUGGAUGUGUACAGCAGAAAGUUGACCAGCUGGGGUUGUGUAGGGGAGGUAAAGGAGGAGGACCACGACGAUCACAGUGGUCACGAUCACAGUGCGACAUCGAGUGCAGCAGCUGCGACGACCCAGACGCAGGCGGCUCAGGCAAGCGCAAGUACGCCGAGCGCCGCUGCGGCCGAUUGCCACACCCAUGCUGACGGUUCGAUCCACUGCGGUACUCAUUAA